AUGGUCUCCCCUUCAACUUCUGGUGGUCUUGGUUCCUUAUUACGUACAAUAAACUAUGAUGAAAGGGAUUGGGAUAGUGUAUUGAAAAGUGAACUACGGGAAGUUUUUGAAGAUCAAAAUGACGAGAUUAUUCCUGCAUUAAGAAUUAGCUAUCAUUAUCUUCCUUCAAAUCUAAAGCGAUGCUUUGUUUAUUGUUCUUUGUUUCCAAAAGAUUAUGAAUUUGAUAAAGGUGAGCUGGUCUUGCUAUGGAUGGCAGAGGAACUUUUACAGCCAAAAGGAAAAAAGUCUUUGGAAGAACUUGGUUGUGAAUAUUUCGAUCAAUUGGUUGCAAGGUCCUUUUUUCAGUCCUCUAGUACUGAUAACAGCUUCUAUGUGAUUCAUGAUAUCAUGCAUGAUUUGGCAACAAUUUAUGCUGGAGAAUUCUAUUUUAGAGCUAAAAAACUUGAGAAAAAUAACAGGAUCAGCAAUAAAACUCGUCAUUUAUUGCAUAACUCAAGAGGAAACUAUCCCUGCUCGCAACUUGUUGUAGCUUGUGGUAGGACAUUGCCUGAGGAAUUGUGUACUUUGUACAAUCUCCAAACAUUAAAGUUGAAUAAAUGUCGUUGGCUAAUGAAGCUACCCAACAAUAUGCAAGAUCUUGUAAAUUUACGUCAUAUUGAUAUUGAAGGAGCUGGUCUUGAAGAGAUGCCAAAAGGAAUAAGCAAAAUGAGGGAUUUGCAGUUUUUAAGGGCUUGUUUGGAGAAUGUCAUUGAUGGUGAUCAAGCUUUGGAGGCAAGAAUGGCUGAGAAGAAGAACAUUAGGAGUCUAUAUUUGACUUGGUCAUCGGACAACGAUACGGCUGAUUCUCAAGAUAUAAUCAACAAUCUAAGGCCUCACACAAACUUGAGAGAGCUAUCAAUCAAUGAGUACAUGGGUCAAACAUUUCCAAAUUGGUUAGGACAUUCUUCCUUCAGAAAUAUGACCAAAAUCUACUUGAAAUGCUGCAGCAAUUGUUUUGAGCUUCCUUCUGUUGGACAGCUACCCUCUUUGAAGCACUUGCAGCUUAACGAGUUUAACAAAUUAACGCGCGUCGGUGCCAAGUUUAACAAAGAUGAUGAAUCUUCUUUUUGCGGGACACCCUUUCCAAUGCUUAAAACUCUGUGUUUUUCUGAUAUGUAUUGUUGGGAGGAGUGGCUUUCAGUUUCAUCUGAGUUUGAGUUGGAUGCUUUUCCUUGGCUUAGGGUGCUUACAAUGCGAAAUUGUCCUUUGUUAAGGGGAGAUUUACCCAGCCAACUACCUGCUUUGAAAAGCAUUCGCAUUAGUCAAUGUGCUCAACUUGCUUUUACUCUCCCAAGAGUAGAUGCAAUGCUCAAGUUAUCUGUUGAAGGACCCCACCAAGUGGAGGCCGUCUUUGAGGCCAUUGCUCGCAACCAACUAAACUGUCUACAAUCUUUAAGAAUCUCAAGAUGUUAUUCGUCCAUAUCAUUUCCUGGAGCAUGUUUGCCUUUUUCAUUGCAAAACUUGGAAAUUCUCGGUUGCCCAUAUCUAGAGUUCCCAAUGUCGCAGAAGCUGCGUGAGUCAUUACAGUCGGAAUCAUAUCCUACUGCUGCUUCAACUUCAAGUCUCUGCUCUUUAAGCAUCAACAGCUGUCCUAGUCUUGUGUCUUUUGAGAUGGUUGCACCCCAUCUAGAGGAUCUCUUCCUAAGCGAUUGCUCAGAAAUUGAGUCAUUUCCUGAAGGGGGUUUGCCACCAAACCUGAGAAUGCUUGACAUCCGAAGUUGCAAGAAGCUGGUCACGUACCUAGCAUCCAUGGACUUGCGUAAUCACUAUCUUACACAUCUUGACAUUGAACAUCCUUAUGAUAACAUCAAUUCCUUCCCCAUGGACGGUUGCCUGCCGUCCUCCCUUGAGACUCUCUAUUUGCGAUGCUUUCCAAGUCUAGAAAUCUCAGACUGUGUUCACACCCUGGGUCAAGCUGUCCGACCCGGGAUGGUUAGCGGCAAAGCGACCGACCUUCUCAGGUACCCCCACCCUCCGGUGGUGAAGGAUCAGUAG